AGUUACGUGAUCUUCCAAAGAGGGCCUGUUUGGACAGUCGACGGAAUGCUUCAUGUCCCGUCUUGCCGUCUUUCUCCGCUCUUAAUCCCAAACCUCUGACGCUAUCCCAGGAAUGAAGUAAAGGUGCUGCAAGUGUGCGGAACCCGAGAGGAAGACCUUAGACCUGCACCCGUUCGAUAAUCAUGGAAGGUCCACGGACUGCAACGGUUGCGAUCCUGAUGGUGACGAUCGCGUUCGGCGGAGCUGUACCCGCCGUACUAAACAGCCAAGAAGAGCUCUCCAAAGCCCAGGAUUACCUUUCCCAGUUUUUCUCCGAAGUGGGUGUGACCGACGGUACCGAGACGUACCGUAGCGGCCUUGAUUCCUUCGACGACACGCUCAGAUUAAUGCAAGAGUUUUUUGGCCUGGAAGUGACCGGAGAGCUGGACUCCAACACGAAGGAAGUGAUGUCUCGUCCUCGAUGUGGUUUCACAGACUUGGACAAAUACAAGUACGGCCAUUUUGACGGACAGCCGAAGUGGGACAAGAACGUGAUCACGUACAGAAUAACAGAAUACACGCCAGACUUGAGUCAAAGUUACGUGGACGCCGCCAUUGGCAAAGCGCUGGAGGUCUACAGUGCGGUGAUACCGUUGGAUUUCAAGAAGAUUGACAGCGGCACGGCUGACAUCAUGAUCAAGUUCAAGGGUCAUAAUCACGGAGAUUUUGCCCCCUUUGACGGAGAAGGGGGCGUCCUGGCUCACGCUUUUUCCCCUGGUGAGGGCAGAGGAGGUGAUACUCAUUUUGAUGACGAUGAAAGGUGGACUCUAACCUCAUCAGGAGUGAACCUGUUCUUGGUGGCAGCCCAUGAGUUUGGUCACGCGCUGGGAUUGUCACACUCCAAGGUCAAAACUGCCCUCAUGUACCCCACCUACCAGUACACUGACACGGAGGGGUACGUGCUACCGGAUGAUGACAAACAGGGAGUACAAGCACUCUACGGAGUCAGAUCGUCACCUCAACCAAACCCCAAACCCGAGCCUGAACCUCAACCUGAACCUGAACCUACUUCAAAACCAGUUCCAGACAGGUGCAGCAGCAAUUUAGUUUUUGAUGCUGCGACCUCCAUAAAUAGUUAUCUUUACUUCUUCAAAGACAGCUAUCUUUGGAAGAGAAGCAGCAACUGGGAUGGCGUCACCAGACGGAAAAUUAAUUCCAUCUGGCCUGGAAUCAAUAAAGUGGAUGCUGCUUAUGAGUAUAAGAGAGGCAACGUUGUCGUUUUAUUUGAAGGGAAUCGCUACUGGAAGGUCCGAAGAAACACUGUCCUACCCGGUUUUCCCAAACCUCUCACCGACUUGGGCUUGACUGCAGAUGUCACCAAGGUCGAUGCUGCCGUCCAUGUGACAUUUUUGGGGAGAACACUUCUCUUUGUUAACAACAAAUACUGGAGCUACAGUGAACGGCGGCGUCGAAUGGAUCGCCGGAACCCAAAACUGAUUCGCACAGAGCUGCCUGGGAUUGGCUACAGAGUUGAUGCCGCCUUUGAGAACCGAGGUUACCUGUACUUCUCGUAUGGACCCAGGCAGACGCAGUACGAUUAUGUGAGACGAAGAGCGAUUCGCACUCUGAAAAAUAACGACUGGAUGGACUGCGAUUAAAUUUGUAUUCGAAUGCGAUUACAACAACGUUGGGGCGAGAGCUAGGUGAGAUUUUAUAUGGAUAUAUUUCAUACUGUUUAUAUAUUUUCAUACUGUCUUCAUACUGUCAGCCACUUUACAUGCUUAACAUAUUACAAAUAAAGACAAACAAAUCUGAAAUAUAAUAGAACAUCUUUACCACAAAAAAUCCUUUAAAUUAGAUGAAAUUACUAAUCGGAAUAGUAACAGUAAGUCAAUAUCUAAGCUACAUUUACACUAUGCUAUUACUAUACACAGAAAUAAAGGAAAAUAACGAUACAAAUGCUACGACAAAUGCUACGUACUCGUGCUACAGUAAUUGUGGUUAAUUAGCGCCACACGCAACAAUAUGAUGAGAUAUAGAAUUAAUAGCGCGACUAACACUAUUAGCGCAAUUAAUAGUGGCGACUUUAUGCUAGGAGUCCACUGGGCCGGCGCCAGUUGGUGCCAAUUCGCACCAAAGUGUAACUUGGCUCGUGCCAGUGGAUUCCAAUAGGUGGAUUAUUUGCGACAAAUGUUUGUCUUUGUGGACACGACUAAGAUUUUAAACAUUUUGACAUUUUCUUGCCGCAAAACUAAAUUUUUGCCGCUGUUACGGGCCACUAUUAAUAGUGGCGAAUUUAUGCUAGGAAUAUGCUAGGAGUCCACUGGGACGGCGCCAGUUGGUGCCAAUUCGCACCAAAGAUUAUGUGAUGGCUGCAUCGUGGCUCGCUGUGGCGUCGAAUUAAUGUUUGCUCAGCCGUUAUUUGGCGCUACCAUGAGCCACGACGCGCCAAUCACAUAAUCUUUGGCGCCAACUGGACUCCUAGCAUCAUUGGUGUAACUUGGCUCGCGCCAGUGGAUUCCAAUGGGUGGAUUUUUUGCAGCAAAUGUUCGUCUUUGCGGACACGACAAAGAUUUUAAACAUUUUGACAUUUUCUUGCCACAAAACGAAAUUUUUCCCGCCGUUACGGGCCACUAUUAGCGCGAUUAAUAGUGCCGACUAUGCUAGGAGUUCACUGGGUCGGCGCCAGUUGGUGCCAAUUCAUACCAAAGAUUAUGUGAUGGGCGCGUAGUGGCUUGCUGUGGCGCUGAAUUAAAUGUUAGCUCGGCCGUUAUUCGCCGCUAACGUGAGCCACGCGCCAAUCACAAAAUCUUUGGCGCUAACUGGCACCAACUGUGGACUCCUAGCAUCAUUGGCGUGACUUGGCUCGCGCCAGUGGAUUCCAAUUGGUGGAUUAUUUGCGGCAAAUGCUAAACAAAGAUUUUAAACAUUUUAACAUUUUCUUGCCACCAAACUCAAUUUUUGCCGCCGUUACGGGCCACCACGAGCCAGUUGGGAGACACUUUGAGCCACUGCACGCCACUUGGCACCUUAUUGGCACCGGCCCAGUGGACUCUUAGCAUUAUCCAGUCUCCAGUUCGUUAUCAUUCGUAAUAAUAUCAACGUGGCAAUGCUUUCCAUUUUGAAUCUAUGUGAGCCUUUUCAUUUUUAUGAAAAUUAAUUUUUAGUAAUUAUUGUUUUUAAUGUAAUUCUAUUGAAUGGCCAUUUACACAGGUCACAGGAGAUUUCAUGUAAAGAACUUCAUAAAAAUGUGUAACGUUCCAGUAGUUAUUAGAAUGACAUAUAAAGCAGUGUAAUAUCAGUGUCAUCUUGAAUAAAACUUUAUAUACAAGACAUGAUUCUUUCAGCAAUAAUAAAGACUUCCAUAACAAUGUGUAGUUUGACUCUCAUCCUUACCUCAUCAUUGCCACAAAAUGGUCACAGCACAAAUACAAAUACAAAAUAAUACACAACACUUUUCCAAACGGUUCUACAAAAUAUCAAAGACGGAUCUAUGACCAAAAACAUGCUAGGUUAAUUGGCAACUCCAAAUUGUCCAUAGGUAUGAAUGUGAGUGUGAAUGGUCAUUGGUAAAGUGACUAUGGGGGUGUUAU